UCAACAUCCGCCGAAGGUAAAUCGAGACAGUUUUGUUUGCCUUAACAGUAACAUCACAAUCCACUGGCAAAAAAAAAAAUCCAAGGUCUUAUACGGACCAAGUCGAUCUCGUACCCAGCAACAAGACUCGUCAGAACUCAAAAUGGCUCUUCCACCCAAAUUCAGCGGCCACAGGCUUCCCCUCGGCGAUGCAGCAGCAAGCUCGGCCCCGCACGCCGGAGUACACACCAUUGAGGUCUACCUCGACUACGUGUGCCCCUUCUCGGCCAAAAUGUUCAAAACUGUCGCCAACGACCUUGCCCCAAAGCUUAAGUCAGACCCAGCGCUCGCGUCCAAGAUCCAGAUAAUCUUCCGCCAGCAAAUCCAGCCGUGGCACCCGUCCAGCACGCUGGUUCACGAGGCGGCCGUGGCCGUGCUGCGGCUCGCGCCCUCGCGGUUCUGGGACUUUAGCGGGGCGUUGUUCGCGGCGCAAAAGGACUACUUUGACGUCAACGUCGUCAACGAGUCGCGCAACCAGACCUACCGGCGCCUGGCCCGGCUCGCGGCCGACUCGGCGGGCGUCAAAGAGGACCAAGUCUACGGCCUGCUCGAGAUCAGCGACAAGCCGGGCGAGGACGGGUCGCUCAACAGCGGCAACGGCGUCACGGCCGACCUCAAGGUCGUCGUCAAGAUGGCGAGGCUGGUUGGCGUGCACGUCAGCCCCACGGUCAUCCUGGACGGUGUCGUUGCUAAUGAGGCAGUAGAUGUUCUCCUGCUGGCCACGAGAUCCUCAUGCCGUGCAGGGCCAGCCUCGCGACCUCCAACAACAGCACGGUUCUACUCAUCAAGCUUGAUAUAUCAAACACCACGCCUGACAUGCCGCACAAGUAUACUUCGGUCAAUACGCCCAACCGCCGUAAAGUCAUCACCAGUAGUAGCACUACCCCGGAGCUUCAGCAAAUCCAUUCCACGGCUUCAAGAUGCACCAAAGCAGGCUGCCCGCUUCCUCUAUCCAGAGAGCCUAGUCAUCUACCACGGCGGUGCGGCUCGGACCACCUUCCUGGGCAUGCUUAAGUUCGCCAUGCUCAUAGGCGCCGUCUUUGUAGUAGUCAUCAUCGCCCCGGCACUGUACCGAAGCGGCGAGCCCUUGUGGAAGCCAGCAGCAGUCAUCACAUGCGCCAUGAUUCCCCUGGCAUUCACCCUAUUCUCCACCAACCCGCAGGUGGCAUUUGUGCGGCUGCGGCUGCCGCGCUUCGCCCGCGCCUCCCCUGAGCUGCUUAGGCGCUACGCCGAGGCCCCUCCCGCCAACGCCGUCGUCGAGGUAGGCGUGCUCAACUUCCACGGCAAGCCUAGGGUCGUCGCCUUACCGCUGGCCCGCCUGUCCCCCACCAACGAACGCUUCGGUCUCGUCAACUGGACCGUCGUGGAAGACGCUGCUGCCGCCCCUGCCAACAAGAGGCUCGCGUCCGCCGAGGGCAACGUCACCAUAUGGGAACGCCUGCUGCGGAGGCCUAUCAAAAAGUUGAACAUCCGCGAGACCUCAAACGACGCCAAGGAGGCCUGGGUUUGGGACGCCGUCGUUGCCGCUGCAGAGCGCCGGAGUCGCUAA